GAGGCGUUUCCAACGCGACAGGAUAAGCCCUUUUCCGGGUGCAAUUUAGUCCACAAUUUAGUGUGGUUGCUCAAGUUAUUCCUGUUUAUAAGGUAAGGUCAGCAAGGCUUAUAUUAGGCGUUGUCCUCCUAAGUACUCGAGACGUAAUUGUUAUGUUUUAAAACUAUUGUUGUGUAUAAGAGCCACUGUAAUCAUGUUGCACAAAGCUAAGGUACAGUAGCACCAAGAAUGCUAAAUAAUUUGGGUCAACUUUGGCGCCUUGGCUUAUUUCCGUGGAAAAUCCUGCCUCCAUGCCUCUCAGUACCCAGACGUGACCAUCCGCAGAGACACUGGGCUUACCAAAGUUGAUGGGACCACAGAAAAAUAACAGAAAGCAAUUGUCUCAAGUUCUUGCAUCAUAAUAAACUAAUCCCUUUCUGUCGAUAAAUCACCACACGAUUUGGUGUUAAGUGCUUCUGGAAAUACAAAAAGAAGAUGACCUCUUAACAUAGAAACUCCCUUUAAGCCCUCAGGGAUUGCAGGGUGCUAGGCAAUGAAUUAAAUAACAUGUAACAUUACAACCACUACCUGGUUACUGAAAAAUGUGAUUUACAAAACCAUUGCUCUUGUGUUCUACAGAAAAGAAUCAUUACCAAUGAAUGCAAAUUAAUAUGAAUAACUGACCUGUCUUUUGUUAACAUCAGGAAGCAGUGGAGAAUAUAUCGGGAAGGGGCCUAAGUGAAAUACACACACAGAAAGAGGAUGGCCCCUGAGAUCCAGGCGGUGGUGCAUGCUACCCAAGCCUGGCUGCAGUCCUCCUGGCAUGUCCAGGUACCAUUUGCCUGGCUGGAAGCCUGUGUGGAGUGGCUGCAGGAAGAGGCCGGAGGAGCAGGUCGCAUGUCACAGCAGCAAAUCAACCAGCAGGCCCUGGACCAGUGGCUGUUGACAGACCUGAGGGACCUGGGCCACCCGGUUCUCCCUGAAGGGCUCUCUCAGGCUCAGAAGACUGAACUCAGUGGCACCUUCUGUGUCCAGGUUGACUCACUGCUGGACAUCAGUCAGCCUGCGUAUGGUCAGCUGCAGAAGUGGAGGGGCUCGGAUUGCGCUAACGACGAGGUGUCUGAUGUCACGCAGGCCACCCAAAGACCCUGGGAAGCCAGAACAACCCGUAUGCUUCUAUUGCAGGUGACAGAUGGAGUCCAGAGCUUGGAGGCCAUGGAGUAUCAGUCUAUCCCUGCACUCAGCACAGCGCUCAGGCCUGGUGUGAAGCUCCAACUGCAAGGGCAGAUAGUUUGCAGACUUGGGAUGCUUCUGUUGAAACCAUCUAACAUCAAGGUCCUGGGUGGUGAAGUGGAGGACCUGGUGGAGAGGAAUAACCAGGGCAGGAUGCUGUGUCGGACACUAGGACUUCCUGAGGAACAGCAGCAGCAGGAGGGGGAGGUGGCCCCUCCGGCACCACGUCAAGGCAACCAGGAAGUGGAGGAUCUGGAGUUAGAUGAUGCAGAGUUGCUGGCCAGUCUGGAGGCCCAGGAGGAAGUGGAAAUGGUUCAGUCUGUUCGAGACAGUGGCUACCAGACGCUCAGUGAGAUCUCCACUCAGUCCUCGAGAAGCUCAUCUGUCAGGAGCCACGUCUCAGCAGCCUCGUCCAGAAGUGGUGCGACGCAGAGCAACAGAGGUGGUUUAGUCCAAGGUCGUCGCCACGGUAAUGAAGAAGACGACUCUGGCCUGUUGAGUCAACAACAGAUCCCAGAGCGCAGUCCGAGAAACGAAGACUUUCCUGAUGAAGACUUUGACGAUCUUCCUCUGGAUGAGUUGGACAGUGUGAUUUUUCAAGACGGUGCAAACGUUGCUACACAUUCAGACAGCAGUCACAGCAGCACGCCACAGAACAACAACAGAAUAACAGGGAACAGUGCAACAAAAGCCCAGACUGCUCAGUAUGAGCAGCACACUCUGAAUUUCUCUGAGACACGGCUUGGUUCGAGCAACUCCAGAUCCACAGCACAGAAAAGAGACUAUCAAGGCUGCACUAAAAGAGCUUCAGAGCCCUCACAUGGAUUAGAGUUUACUAAUGAUGACUGUGAUUUAAUGGAUGAAGACAUGGACUGCUUUCUCACAGAGGUAGAAGCUGUGAACACUGGAAGGCCAAAUCGGCUCCCUGUCCAUCAAGGACUUAGUAGAGACAGAGAGAGCACAGAAUUGUGUAGACUUAACAGUGACUCAUCAAGAAGUGUAAAAGACAGCAUUUAUACUAAGAUGGGGCCUGAAUUUGAGAGCUCACACAGCACACCUAAGGGGCAAAAUGACACCUCAAGCAUUGGUGAACUAUCAGCCACAAGAGAGAGUGAACACUCAGCCCCUGCUCUCACUCUGACCUCCCCACCUUUUACAUAUUUGUCCCUGCUGGAAGAGAUGAUGUCCAAACCACAACCUCACACGAUAGAAAUCCACGUCAAAGCUUUCAUUGUGACUCUCUUGGGGAAACUAAGCAGCAGCAGUGGUGUUUGGCGUGUCUGCGCUACAAUAUCUGAUGGAACUGGUUAUCUGGACGUGGAGCUGUCCAAUGAGGUUUUGACAGGCCUGCUGGGCUUUUCGGUAGCAGAGAAAGGGGCUCUGAAGCGUGACCCAGCCCGGAGAGGAGAGCUGGACACUGGGAUGCGGAGAUGUCAGGAAGAGCUGGUGGACAUGUGCUGUGUUAUGACCAUUGUGGUCGAACCAGGCGGCAGAAAAGCUGUGGUGACCAACGCUGACCCUGUCACUGAGAAAAUAGUCCAGGAGCUAGAGCAGAGGGUGAGAGGCAGGAGAAAAUAGACACAGAGCAGUGCUGGAGGAGAAGUAGGUGAAAAUGAGAACAUUACAACGAGCGGAGAAGUAUAUUGCCCUUAAACAGACAUGAAAAAUUGCAUAUAUAAGCAUCGAAACUAAGGUGGGUUUUUUAAAGGAUGGUGAUCAACCUUCUGCUUCAGAUUUUAGAGCGCAGAAUGUGUGAAGUGGAUGUUUGAUGAUCAGCAAGCAGUGUGGUGUCAUGCAUCCCAUCUGCUAUAUGUGAAUGUGACAUUCUGUCAUUAGAGGAUUUCAUUCAUCUAUUCAAAGACCUAUUUUCUGCUUCAACUGCGCUGUGUCGCUACCAAGAAAAGUAAACAGAUACAUAAUGUCUACACUGUAGGGUGGGGCAGACGGAUGCUAUUAUCAUCCAUCGUUGAUGGCUGACAGUUUAACCACUGAGCCUAAUGUGAUGGAAAAGUGAUAUAAUGCAUAACCUUGGUGGUUUACAGUUCAGGUCUGCUGGUUUAUUAAGAAAAAACCCUGACCCGUGCAUCACUAGGUGGGAGGAAAGGAAGUUCAGGUGAGUAGGUGAGGGUGAACAGUGAAUGGGCUCAAAAGCACAAAAAACUAGUAAUUGAUAUUUAACAAUAACAUACAUGUGAAAAGUAGAAAAUAAAGUAUAUUAAAAAAAACAAACAAAAAAAACAAGAAUAUCAUCAUCCAUGGUGAUGUUUCACUGUGGACGUUGUGAUAGGCCAAUUUGAUACACAUCACCAAACCCAACUACACUUUAUAUUAAUGACCGGGCAUCAACUUAUUAGUUCAAGCGCUCACGUUGUAUGAAACAUUAAAAACUAUGUGAAGAGAAGAGUGAAGCAUGUGAGAAGAGAGAAGGGAAUCAUAUUCUGAUUGUUGUAAUGAAUUGCCAGGCUUUGCAUUCAUUCAGUACUUCCAUUACUUCUGACUGAAAAAUGAUUGAAUAUCCAAGGGCAGCGUGGGUCUUUAAUAAACUCUUCCAGAGGAGAAUGAGAGGAAAGGGAGAUAAAGGAGAGGCCAUGAGCUUUGAUUAUUUUUGUUCAUUAUAGAGCCACAUCUGUUUUUCUGUCUUCAUAAAUGUAUAUAUAUAUAUAUAUACUACAGUUUUGAUGCUAUGCCUGUAUUUACUAUAUAUUGAAAUAAAAUUGUUCUUAUAGUUUUUUAAUUUUCUGUCAUACUAAUAAAACACGCU